UCAAACAGAAGAAAUGACUCAUUCCAGAGCUAACAUAGACUGUUGAGGAGUCGCACUAUUAUUUCAAAUCGCCGUGCUUAAGUUAAAGAUGAAAUCCAGUUUCGUUUUCCUGUUCAUUUUAAAUCUUAGCUUCUUGGCCGUAAAGAGGAGUGCUGCAGAUGAAUGGCAAAAGCAGAAUACCUCACCUGUCUGUUUUGGUGCAAAGAACGGACAGUUUGGUAGAUUCUAUCUUAAAACUGCUUAUAAAAAGCUGGCCGCUGUGAUGUUGGUUCACCUGUACGGGUACGUGACCUGUGACACACGACAUGUCUCCUAUUGGUCUUACUGGGGCUGUGGCUCGUACGUCCACGGACUGGGCAAGAUAAAUGUCGUCAUAACAACCUCAGACAAUCACGUUCUUUUGCCACCAAGAGAAUUUAUAGUACAUAAUGGAGCUAAGUGGUCCAAGGUUCCUGGAUAUAGCUCCCUUUCCCCGAAGCUAAUGCUGUCCUUUUUCAGCCCCUCCCGCGUCAGCAAAAACCAAGAGUUACGGGUGUGGUAUGGAGAAGAUCUGAUGAAUGCUGGCGAGGGAGACAAUGGAGGCACCAUUUGCGUUGAUGUCUAUGCAAUUUUCGUAUGAGCUUUCACUGAGCAGCAAGCAGCCAUGACAGAAAAUCUCAUCGCUUUGUAACUAAUGAAAUCGUAAACUGCUAACAGAGGCUCACUUUCAAUGUCAAAGUUAUCACUUUCCUGUUUUUUAUCACCUGGGGGGAGGGGUAGGGGAGGGUAGGAGGAUUUGAUUGUGGUUGGAAUCUGAUGAUUUAAAGGGGAACGAAGGGGGAAUCAGUCAUCAGUAACAGAGUAUUAAGGGGGGGGGGUUGUAGAAAAUUGCGCAUUUCCUUUAUCCAAUUCAUCCACUGUCCCCUCCUCUCUUCCAUCAUUUAGGAGCCUGGCUACGCAGGCUGCGGUUUUCUGAUAGGGUCAAUUAUUCUUAUUGCAUUGGUAGAAUGUAGAUAUAAUCCUAAAACUCCCCCCCCCUUCCGUCAGGGCGAUAAUGACUGGUCACUAGGAAAGACGAAAAAAAUUAAUUACUAACCAUAAAUCAAGGCAAGUGUGGGUAGGACCCAUCAGCUGGUAUUAACCCCUUAGUUGUGCUUUUGAUCAAAUGUAGUUUCCCGUUACCGUAUGCUCCGGAAAAUUGCAUUCUUCUUGGAAUGCUUUCAAACGAAGGGUGCUCCUCGUAGCUACAAAAAAAUUGAUAAUAAUGAUAAAAAAUUAAAUCCCCUUUCCAAGUGCAGAUACGAGUAGGGUCAGCUUUAUAUCAUGUAACAAAAGUAUUUUUCGCUGGAAAUAAAUGAGUAACUGCUCUCUGACUAA